ACAAGACCCGAACCACUUCAAUUUCCUUUUGGAGUUCGAAGCGCUUGGCGAAAUUUUGCACUCCACCACCUACAAUUUCCCCAAUCUCGCCUUUUAAUCCCGACCCAUUUAUAGUUUGUAAUUAAUUGUUUUCUUUUUUGGUUGUUUUGAGAACACUCCUCAAUUUCGUUGGUGCGAUUUGUUGCUUCUCCUUCGAAUCCUUUGUUGCUCUUUUUAGGGUUUUUGAGGAUGGAAGGUUCUAGAAAGAGGGUUUUGGUCACCUCCAAUGGGGAUGAGAUCUCUAAGGGCGUUGCUUACCAUUUGGCCAAAUCUGGAUCCAGGUUGGUGUUGGUGGGUGAUGAGAACUCCCUUAGGGGAAUGGUUGGGGAAAUCUUGGGUUCUCUACAUGGGAUUGAACCCAUUGAUGUGGUUGGUUUGGAUUUUGAAGAGGAAAAGGAGGCUGCUUUUGAUGAGGCAGUGGAUAAGGCUUGGAUGCUUCUGGGCAAAUUAGAUGCUUUUGUCAACUGUUACUCCUAUGAAGGGAACAUGCAAGAUUGUCUCGAUAUAAGCGAAGAAGAGUAUAAAAAGACGGUGAAAAUUAAUGUAAUGGCACCGUGGUUUCUGCUAAAAGCUGUCGGUAAACGACUCAGAGAUUCUAAAUCAGGAGGAUCCAUCAUCUUUCUAACCCAAAUUAUUGGUGCUGAGAGAGGGUUGUAUCCCGGGGCUGCAGCUUAUGGUUCAAGUUUAGCUGCCAUUCAACAAUUGGUUCGGGUAAGUCACCUUUUCUUUUUCUUUAUGUCUACAUGUUUAUGUUCCUUAAACAUGUUGGUUCAGGAAAUCCCCCAAUGUAUCUUUUUAGUUUGAAUUGGAAUUGCGAAUUGGU